AUGGAAAAGUAUCGAGGACGAUUUCAGGUGGAUAAACUCAAAGCUCUUUUCACCAAGUUCAGCUCAAAGCCAACGCCGACAAGGGCGUAUUUACUGACUGACAAGUCUGCUGAUGGCAAGCAAUUUGUGCCAAAAUUAAUCAAAACCAACUGGCAGUAUCGUGACACUGUUCAAAUUAAAACUGUGGCUUUUCAAAAGACCUAUCUGUGCACUAGUGAUUUCAAGUUUCUGGAUAUUGGUUUACCAGAAGAGCUGUCCAGCGAUAUUACAUUGCAAGCAUUCAGUCAAGAUGGUGAUAAGCAGGUCGUUUUAAAGUCAAAAACUGAUCCCAAAAGUGGAAAGCCAGAACAGUUUAUUGUCGUGUACGACAAGAAGAAAGCUCUAAAGACGAUUGAUGUCAAGUCGCUUAAUGAUCAGCUGACCAUAAUUGAGAGUGCUACUUACUCAAACUUUGUACUUGACAAUGACUUGCAGCUUUUAGCUGUGGUUGAAGUAGAAAAGGCAAAAUCUAAAGGCAAAAAGGAUUCUCCUGGCUCCAAAGAUUACGAUCUUGACUCUCAUGAGUACAAACAAUCUUGGGGCGAAAAGUUGAGCACCAUAUUUCACAGUUCAAUUGCUUUGAUUGAUUUGAAAACUGAAAAACUAACGCUAAUUGAAAAAACGGGAUUGUCUUUGAUUGAGCCUUUCUUUUUUAAAUCUGCCGAAAAAGCUCACAUCUCUGUGGGCUGUAUUGGACUUCAAGAGCUUCCCUACAAAUUGGGAUUAAUUUACUGCAACAAUCGUACUAGCUUUCUGCUCGGCAGUAGCAUUUCUUCUGAUCUUCCUGAUGGACCAAUUGAGCCGGAAGUUUUGUAUGGAAGUUCAGGAAACUUGUUUCUUUCUAGCCCACGAGUUUAUUUUGACCCAGUGAACGGUUAUGACUGCAAAGCAAUCUUUUUAGAACGCGAUGCUGGCGGUGCUCACAACAAGUCCGCUCGUUUGCAGCAGUUUUGCUUUGAAUCGCGUAAAAUUCAAACCAUUCUUGACAAUAAGCAAAAACGUGAAUUGAUCAACAACAAAACCGAAUACUCAGACUAUGGACCACUGUUUCUAGACAAAAUGGCAACCAACUGCUUCACAAUGGAUGGCAAAUAUGUGUUGCUAGAUUCUGAAACACCCGUUUUCACUAAACCUUACGCAGUCGAUUUGAAAGAAAAGCAAUUGAAACUGAUCAAAUUUCCCGAGGGAUUCUGCCAAAUAUUAGAGGUGAAAAAUGACUGGGUCAUUGCCCUUGGCUCAUCAAUCAACAGCACUCCCAAUUUAUAUUUGUCUAACAUUGCCAAUUCUACCGAUUUGACGAACCUCACUUGGUUGCCCAUUGAAGACCCAGCUUCUAAAAAGCUUCCAAAUAUUACCUAUGAGACGUUUGCUUUUCCUGCUCGAGACUACCAAGACAAGCUGGUCACUGGCAUUUUUAUUAGUCCAACUGAUUUGAGGGAUAGCCGUGAGGGGAGUUGUGUCGUUACGGGUCAUGGAGGGCCCCAUGCCCAGCUAUCGGCCGGUUAUUACCAGUCAGUUGCCCUCUACGCCGAGCUGGGCUUGAAAGUAUGCCUGAUCAACUAUGUCGGUUCAACAGGCGUUGAUGAAGAUUAUGUAAACGCCCUUUUAGGAAAAGUAGGCACGAACGAUGUGGAUGACAUAUACGACUCUAUUCAGUAUGUGAUUGCUAAUAAGAACGUCGACAAGGAAAAGUUGAUCCUCAGUGGCGGCUCCCACGGAGGCUUCUUGGUGACCAGCAUCUCCGGCCAGCAUCCCGAACUUGACUUUUUGGCAUGUAUUGCUCGCAACCCGGUGAUUGAUGUUGCUUCAAUGUCUGCCAUCAGUGAUAUUCCCGACUGGACAGUGUGCGAAGCGGAUGGUGACUGCAACUUGAAGCCACUGGCACAGAUGUACGGCCGCACGCCUGAAGAGAUGGCCAACAUGUACCAGGUUUCGCCGAUUGCACACGUUCAAAAGGUUAAAGUGCCUACUCUGUUGCUACUUGGCAAGGAGGACCUUCGCGUGCCGUACUCUCAGGGCCUCCUUUACCACCGAAUUCUAAAAGCCCGUGGAGUGGAAACGCGCUGCUUAAUCUACGAUGACGUUCAUAGUUUGGCCAAAAUUGACGUUGAGUACGAUUGCUUUUUGAACAUGGCCAAGUUUAUGGAAAAGUUUAUUUAUUAUAGAUCGUAA